GUCAAAUUCGUUUUCGCGACUUCUCAGGAGUCUUACUCAUUUUCCCAGUUAUCCUGUCGUCAGAAAAUUUUAUUAUGUGACGAAAAUACUUCAGCAUAUAUAACGUGAAUACUAAUUAUUUAAAUGAAAAAUGAAUAUUAGUUUAUGUUCCCUAAUUUAAAAAUCGUGAAAUUAAAAUUCGACGAAGAUGUGGAAAAUUAUUAAAACAUGCGAAGGACUGUUUAUUCGUAGAGCAAACGUAAUUAAGUGCAAAAGAACUUUUCUUUCGGAUGCUUAUCGAUGUCAAGAAGAAUGGGACAAGAGGUUAGAAACUCCUUUACUCCAAAAGGUGAAACCCUUCGAUUUCUAUCUGGAGUUAGAACACAAGUACAAUACAGCGGGCAAAAUUUCUGCAGUAGACGUGGACAUUUUGGUUAACUCGCUGAAAGAUAAAGGUCACACUGAAGAUCUUCUGGACAUGCUCUACAAAUUGCGUUUGACUCCAGAAACAUCCUUCACUCUUUCAUCGACCCACUAUGCAGUGACUCGCUACCUUCUAGAGAAAGAAAGUCCUGAACAAGUUUUCGAUGUUCUGAACGACAGACUGAACUAUGGCAUAUUCCCAGAUCACCAUACUUACAAUAUGCUCAUGGACACAUAUAUAAAAAAUAAGGAUUUCCUAUCCGCUGCGAAAAUUGCCACUCUCCUUAUGCUCCAGGAAGAUGCUGAGAAUCCAAUUUCAAAUGCAUUGGCAAUCUAUUCCUGUCACAAGUACCUCGAAAAACCCGAUGACUGGAAUGCACCAGAGCCUGAAAAAGACGAGUCGACGGAAGAGGUCAAGGUCAGAGUAAGGUAUCUUCGAAAUGAGUUUUUUGACAAUCAUUUCGAUUUAACCGAACCCCUAGAUUUAAUAGGAAAGACCCUGGCAUUUUUUGGAAAACACAGGGGAGACACUCUUGGACGAACUUGUAAGUUGAGGGGACUUGUUUUAUUGAAAAAGUAUUCGACGAUUGUCAAAUUAAUCGACGAAUGGAAGGAUGUGAAGGAUGUUGUAUUUGAAGAGGUUCUCCAAUUAAUAAAAAAUGAUUCUCCAGCAUUGUUUGAAGGAGAGUUAAGCGAAGAGCUGAGCAAUUUAAAAGAGGGGUUGGAAGGACUUGAGAAAGCGAAUUUAAAAACUGGAAGCAUUGCCGAGGAAAUAGAAAGGGAUAUCAAAAAAGCGGUUGAGGAUAGAGCAGAGAAUGACAUCACAGAACAGACCAAGAAAUUUUCAGAGUGGUUGAACAUAAGAACUGAAGUCUUGCAAAAGCACCUUGCAGAAAUAAAUAAACUAGCAAGAAUAAAGAGGGUUAAGAGGAUGAAGAGAGACCUCGAAAAAACAGAACGAUUGUUGACGUUCUUCGAUAAAGAAGAAGAGAUAGAACUACAAAUCGAAAAAAUAUUGGAAAAGAAGAAAUCUAUAGCGAUAGACGAUAAAAUCUUGAAGAAGAAAUUGAAACGGGAGGAGAAUUAUGUUCCGCCCGAAGUCGGCCAAAGGAGCCGACAAUAAAAAUACGAACUAAAAAGCCAGAAACGGAAAUAGUAACGACCAAUUUUUAAAUAAAAAGAAAUAUUGUUAAAAAA